UUGAAAAAGCAGAGGGCUGCCAAAGUUUGUAUCAGAUUCGAGGGACAGCGAGACUCGGACCACAAUACUCCCGAACGACCACGCGGAAGGCACGAGAGUCGUGCGUCACCACUUUUUUGUUUGACAGUGAUAGUGGAUUUCUUGUUACACUAGACUUACCAAAAGAGAUGAAUACUGCAACGCAACUGGCGCAAAGUGCAUGCAACGCGUCUAUCACCCUGCAAGAGUGCGCGCUCCCGAGCCAAACCAAGUUGAAGGUGCUGAAAAGACAGCGCUCGAGCUCACCGGAACUCCUGCGCUGCAAGCGGAGACUCACGUUCAACGGGCUGGGGUACAGCAUCCCGCAGCAGCAGCCCGUCGCGGUGGCGCGACGCAACGAACGCGAGAGGAACCGCGUCAAACAGGUCAACAUGGGAUUCCAGACGCUGCGUCAACACGUCCCAAACGGCGCGGCCAAUAAGAAGAUGAGUAAAGUGGAAACGCUGCGCUCGGCGGUGGAGUACAUCCGCGCGUUGCAGCAGCUGUUAGACGAGCACGACGCGAUCUCUGCCGCUUUCCAGUGCGGCGUUCCGUCGCCGACGCUCUCGAACGCGUACUCCGCAGACCCAGAGUCGCCGCACUCGUCCUAUUCGUCCGAUGAAGGGAGUUACGAGCACCUCAGCUCUGAGGACCAAGAGCUGCUGGACUUCACCACUUGGUUUGAUCGCUACUGAUGAGAUUUUAAUAUCCUGCACCCAAACUUUCCAUGGGACUGCUGGGAAACCCAGUUCAGGCCCAUAUGAGGCUAUUUUGGAACAUGGCUGCUAGUUUCUUGCUGGUCUGUUGACCACUUUAAGCUAUGAUGGUGGUUUGUUGCUGGUACGAGAUUGAAACCAUCCACUGUGUUUCAAAAUAGCCUAAACUUCCCAGAUUGCUGGCUCAGCAUACAGUGUCGUGGCUUAGUGGUUAAGCUGGAAAAGGCUGUAGGUUCAAACCCCAGUGGGGUCCACGAGCUUCUACAAUACAAAAAGACUGCUGAAUUAGACCUUUUCCUGACCCUUCAUAAGUGCAAUUGUGGGCAUGUUCUUUAUGUCCUGUUAUGUUAUUUUGAUGAAACAAACUCCCCUAGUCAAUUCCAAGAAUGUCAAGUUAUUGGGAAUAUUGAUUAUU